AUGACCGCUUCUCUUCUGCUCAUCUUAGCCUACUCAAUCAGCCCAUACUCACUGCUUCUCCAACGACGCAGCAGCAGCAGCAGCAGCAUCAAUCCCACAAUCCAACAACCAGUAGCAGCAGGAGAAGAAGAAGAAGAAGAAGUACUAUCUUCAGAACAAUAUUCCUGCGUCAGCAGGCAACAGUUACAGAUCAUCAGGAGCUCGUAUUCGUCGUCGAAGCCAUCUCCUUUCCUCCUUUCCAGGCUCAAAGAGUACGAACAGCGUCACAAGCGCUGCGAUCCCUUCUCCGCGUCCUUCAAUCGAAGCUCCCGGGAACUUAUCAGGGUACAGAAUUCCCCUGAUUCGCUUGUAAAAAAACCUGAAGAAGACGAAGCUGAAAAUUAUUGCAGAUACAUAGUGUGGACACCGGUGAAUGGAUUGGGGAACAGGAUGCUCAGCAUCUCUUCCUCAUUUCUCUACGCUCUCCUCACCAACCGUGUCCUGCUGGUCGAUUUCGGCCCCGACAUGGUCGACCUCUUCUGCGAGCCGUUUCACAACUCCACCUGGUUCCUCCCCAGAGACUUCACUUUCAAGGGCCGAGCCAAUACCCCUGAGUUCAGGGAAACUUACAGCCUCGGAAAACUGUUGAGAAGGGAGGAGGAGCAGAAGAAGGAGAUGCCAUAUGUUGCGUCGCUCCUUCAGCUUUUUCUUUCCUACGAUAACGACGAUUACGACAAGCUUUUCUACAAAAGUGAGACUCAGCCACUCUUGAAGAAAGUCCCCUGGCUAGUUCUGAGAUCGGACCAGUAUUUCGCCCCUUACUUGUUCCUGAUGCCCUGCUUCAGGGCAGAACUGGACAGAAUGUUUCCUGACGACAAGGAGACUGUUUUCCACCACUUGGGGAGAUACCUAUUCAGCCCAUCAAAUCAAGUUUGGGGGCACAUCAUCGGAUUCUACGACGCUUAUCUGGCGAAAGCAGAUCGAAGAAUCGGUCUUCAGAUAAGGGUUUUCAGCCUGGAUAAAACCCCGGCUUCACUCAUUCUGAGUCAGGUCAUAAAUUGCAUCCAGGAAGAGUCUCGAAUAAUAAUUCUUCCCAAUGCUACGACUACAACUACCACUACUGCUUCUUCGUCUGGUCGAAACAGGACGACGACGACGACUGCUAUUCUGGUAGCGUCAUUGUUGGGCCAAUUCUACACGGAGCUGAACAGAAUGUACAAGGAGUGGAACGAAAAAGCGGGAGCCACGGUGGUUGGGGUUUAUCGGACGAAUCAUGAAGAGAUGCAAGUGCUUGGUAGCAGUUCACAUAAUAUGAAGGCAUUGGUGGAUAUAUAUCUGCUGAGCAUGUGCGAUGUGCUGGUCACUAGCCCGCGGUCAACUUUUGGGUACGUGGCUCAUGGUCUGGCAGGGUUGACUCCAUGGAUUUUGCAGAGUCAGGACAUUGAAGACGAGGAACAGAGGGUUAAGGAACCAGCUUGCCGACGUGGUGUUUCCAAGGAGCCAUGUCUUCAGUUUCAUGCUAAUUAUUAUGACACCAGCCCAGAUCAUCGUGAAGCAGGAGGGCCUGUUCCCGUGAUUAUGGAUUGUGAAGAUUUCCAAUAUGGACUCAAGCUUGUAAAUCGCCGGGUUUAG